AUGGGUUGCGGCGGCAGAAAAAACCAGGUCGAGAUUCGUCCGGAACAGAAAUGGGAAUACAUUAGUCUAAACGAUUUCAAGUCAACAUCAUGUUGGACGCCCUUUGCCUACAGUUAUCUGUGGAUUUCCCUCUGCAUAUCCAUGGCCGUUUAUGGCGUCGACAGUUUUACCGCCGUUCAACUCCUUGCAUUUAACCAAUGGCCCGGCCAGGUUCGACCAGCUAUCGACUUCGACAUUUCAAAAUGGAUUUUUGCCGUCUGCAUCAUUCUUUCAUUUCUCAACCUCGGAUAUGAACACAUUCGCGCACAAAGGGUUAUCAGGAGGGGCAGCGUGGCAGAGAGCUACUUGGACAACUUGGCUGUUCGCCUGCAAAGUAUCCGGAUCGGCGGGGGCAAUGGCUACAAGCGAUUCCUGGUCUUCGCUGAGCUGACCAAAAGCAAAAAGGGCGCCGAAUACUUGGCGCUGUUCACAUACUUCAGUUUCCAAUCUUGGUUUAGAGUUAUUGUCUGCUCUGGCCCUAGGCAGGUGGUCAAUGCUGUGACGCUCUAUGCCUUCUACCAGGCGCAAGAUCUCACUCCCAAGGGUACUGACGUGGGCAAUACGUUGCUGGACUUCUUCAACAAGAUCAAGUUCCAGGCCGAACAGAACCCCGUGCUUGCGCUGAUCUUGUCUGGUAUGGUUUUCACCCUGCUGAUUUGGGUCCUUGCCAUGCUCGCAUUGAUCGCAGCCGUGCUUUGUUGGGUACUGUUUUUGUGGAGUUACAUUCCUGCUGAGGACGGUAGCUUGUCGAACUACUGCGCGCGGAAAGCGAACAAGCGACUGAUGGCCAUAGUUGCGGUCAAAGUCAAUAAGGGUAUCGCCGAGGAGGAGAGGAGGAGAAAGAAGGCGGAACUCAAGGCAGCAAAGAAGGCAGGCGAGAGGCCACCGGAGGACAUCAAGCCAACAUUACCCGACGUCGGCGACGAUAAGCUCCCGACAUUCCCCUCGCUCACGCGCGCCGACACCAUGUCAACACUCCCGCCCUAUGCCUCGAGGCCAGGCACCCCAGGAAGCAUCGAAUUGAAUUCAUUGGAUCAGAAGAGGCCGAUGCCAUCUCGGCAGGGAACCAUGAACAGCAAUUACUCGUCCAGGCAGCCGCUUAUGGGUGCUGCUGCAGAGUUUGGGAGAUCAGCAUCGCCCGCUCCAUCCAUUCCCAGCACAAACUACAGCGGAAGGACGUAUGGUGGCCAACCACCGAUGAGCCGCAUGCAGUCCAACGCAUCCAUGUCACGGGCUUACACGGCCAGCCCGGCGCCCUUUUCGUCAGAGACGGUUCCUGGUCUUCCGCGACCCGGCUACCAACGCAGUCAACCAGGUGGACCGCCGAGCAGAUUCGACAGCUACGACGACUACUCGAGUGGACGUGCUAGUCCCGCGCCUUCCAUGUAUCCUUCGCGGGGCCCAGGUCUCCCAAAUAUGCCGCCGAGGAGCGCGACUGCGCCUGUACCUCCCCGCGGUCCUGACGGAUACGAUGACUACUCGAAUGGCCGUGCCAGUCCCGCACCGUCCAUGUAUCCUCCGCGGGGCCCGCCUAGCUCGAAUGGUCGAGCUAGUCCCGCGCCGUCAAUGUACAAUCCCUCUCGAGCCCCGCCGCAGAGGAGCGCGACUGGGCCUGUGCCUCCACGAGGCCCUGGAUACCCUCCACAGAGAAACAUGACUGCCCCCGCCCCCAGGCCGGAGGACCCGUAUGAUUACAACACCCGCCUACCAACUUCGAGCAGUCAGGCGCCGCCACAGUCUCGGGGCGGCUUUGGAAACGGCUGGAACUCGGACUUGGAGAACCAACGGGGCGGGCCCGGAGGCCCGAGAUAUUAG